AUGACAGGACACCCCGGACACCCUGAGCCAAUGCCAACACCAGUUCCCACAUACAGCGAAGCCCCAGAAGCCGUCUUCUCACACCAGCCAGCCCAAGGCCCCGUGAGCCCACAUCCCGAUACCCAUUCGCACACUGGACAAUCCUUCCCAGACACCCUACACUCUAGCUCCACCCCAACACCAAUAAAUGGCCCCUCAGAGAAACACUACCCCUACGAACCCGACUCCAUCGGCCAAGCACCAGCCUACGCCGCAACACCAAUGGCCACUCCACCCGAGAAGGCGUACUCAGGCCAGCCCCUGCCCCAAUACCCCCAAAACCAAGCACAGCCACAGCAGUUCUACACACCUUCCGCCCAACCCAGUCCAUAUGCCACGGCCGUCCCGCUACACGCUGUGCAGUCUGCGCCGUGUCCGGUUGAUUGUCCGGUUUGUGGAAAGCGGGAGAUGACUCGCGUUCAGCCUGUAAGCGGCUCAACUACACAUGGCUGGGCUGCUAUUCUUUGCUUUUGUUGCUGCCUCGGCUGUAUCCCUUACUUGAUGUCAUCGCUUAAGGAUGUUGAGCAUGCUUGUGGGCAGUGUGGGGCUAGGCUUGUGAAAUGGCAUAAUAGUGGUCGUGUAGUUAUGUUGCAGAAUGGAGCGAGGUAG